AAUCGCUGAUUUGUUAUUCCUUAUAUUCCCUUGAAUUAUCUGAGCCACAUUUAUUCCUAUUCGAAUUAAAUGUUAUUUAUCAAUUAGAUUAAUUAAGAAAGGAUUUUAAAAUUUGUAUUGAAUAUGAGUGAUAUAGAUUUGGGUUUUGCGGAGGAACGCGAGUGCGCAUGGUUGACGAACCGAUAUUUUCCUAGCAAGGCAGGUGGGAAACCAGCGUGGUUGGAACUGGAAAAAUUGCCAAAUAACAAUGAGCUAAAAUGCGAAAAAUGCCAACAACCUAAAGCAUUUCUAUGCCAGAUUUAUGCACCAUUUGAAGAUGAGUACAAUUUUCAUCGUACUAUUUACGUUUUUGUGUGCCGAUCGCCCGAUUGUCAGGAGAAUAAUUCAGCAAAUUAUUUGAGUGUUUACCGAAGUCAACUGCCAAGAAAAAAUACUUUUUACUCAAUAGAACCACCAAUAGAGGAAGGAAAGCCUUUGCCAGAAAUUAACACAACAAAGAAAUUGUGUUUUGUUUGUGGUUGCUUGGGACCUUUAGCAUGUGGCCGAUGCCGGAGCAUAAACUACUGUUCUGCAACCCAUCAACGUGCUCACUGGCAAGAUCACAAAAAAAUUUGUACGUCUGAAAAUAAUAGUAGAUGUGAAAAUGUCAGUGUGCUGUUGCCUAAUAUUAUAUUUCCGGAAUGGGAAAUUGUUGUUGAAGCGAAUAAUCCAGAGGAAGAGUUUGAUACAGAAAACGACGAUGAAAGCGUGGAACAGUCCCGCUGGAAAGAAUAUCAGGAGUUAUUGGAUGCUGGAAACACAGGUACUCUGAAGGAUGUUCCAGAUUCUGAACUGGAUAAAUAUGUUACCGAAUCUGAAGCGGUUGAUGACAAGUGUUUUAGGAAUUUCAAAAAAGAAGUGAGCAGAGACCCUGAACAAAUUUUGAGAUAUAAGCGAGGAGGACACCCUCUUUGGAUAGCAAAUGUUGAGCAAACUUUCGGCCAAAAUCAUCGAAUUCCUGAUUGCGAGCUAUGUGGUAGUAUGCGCCAAUUCGAGUUUCAGAUAAUGCCACAGAUGCUUAAUUUGCUGAAGGAUGACCACCUUGAUUGGGGAGUAUUGGCUGUGUAUACAUGUUCAAAAAGUUGUAACUUACCAGCUGACAAAGGAUAUGUUGCCGAAUAUAUUAUAAAGCAAGAUAUCAUUCCUAAUAAAAACGAAACAUAAAGUUAUAA